AUGUACCCGCAGAAAGUCAUAUAUCUUACGUCCCUGUUACUGGGUUCUGCCUUCGCCGCGCUGCUGAACCCCCUCCCACCCAGUCUACCAAUCCUUGAACUUCGAUAUCCCCAUGGGCCAUGGAUAUCCCCGGGAGAUACCAUUUUAAUGUCAGCUACGCAUCCUCUGCCGCGUAUCAGCAGUUGGGGACUCCAAGCAAAUUCAACUUAUCUGCUUGUCUUUGUUGAUCUAGACGUUCUGUAUGGUGAAUACCUGACCGUUAUUCUCCAUUGGUACCAGCCCGGCAUGAGAAUGCACCAUCCUGAUGAUCCCUGGCUAGAACCCAGUGGGCCUGGGAAGGGUCAGCACGAGGAGCACAUAGCGAAGUAUAUUUCCCCUCAACCUCCACAGGGCUCGCAUCAUCGAUAUGUCUAUCUCAUGUUUGAGCAGCAUGAAGAAUACAUAUUCCCCCGGUGUUUCAGGCACAUUCUCCCAAAAACUAUGGAAGCAAGGGCUGGAUUCGAUCUCCGGCAAUUUGUAAAGGUUACUGGCCUCAAACACCCGGUGGCUGGGAAUUACUUCUUUGUCGAAAAUGACGACGCUGUAACGGGGACGUUUACAAGCACUGUGUCCACCCCGAGCCCAACAACAACGUGGGUGAGAUCGGCGCCCUGUACUCAGCCGGUAAUUUCAACGGCUACAACUCUUUCAGGAGCUCAGAAGCAGCAUGUGAGAUGGCUGCGAGGUCGGCAGACUGUCAUGUAG